ACAGCAUUGAAAAUAAUAAAUUAGAAAAUUCCAAAAUUGUCAAGUAUGUCUUCGGACGAACUAAACAAAUCGAAUCAAAAUAAUCAAAUUUUUGACCGCUGCUCCCACUCGACCAGUAAUAUAUCUCAAGACGAAAACACAACAGGUCAAAAAAAUAAAAUUUUUAGUCGAUGCUCAGAGUCUCCAAUCGAUAUAAAUGUUAUCAACACUCAACAAAUCCAACUUCCCGAAUUAAAAUGGAUGAACUAUGACAAAUGUCCCGAGAGAAUGGAACUGACCAAUUCGGGAGAGACACUGAUUCUCUUACCGGAUUGGAAUGAAGAGACGCCGUAUGUACAAGGUGGUCCAUUCGAGGAAGACUAUAUUUUCUCUAGAAUUCAUUUUCAUUGGGGACAAAGUGUUAAUGGCUCGGAGCAUACCGUUGAUGGCGUAAGAAUGCCAUUAGAAAUGCAUGCAAUUCACUUCAAGAAAGAAUAUUUAAAGAUGAAAUUGGCUAAGGAAUAUGACGAUGGAAUGUUGAUCAUGGUCUAUUUUCUAGAGCUGAAAUCGAACCAUAAUCCAAUCUUAGAUCGACUUCUCUCAAAGUUGUCCCACAUACAGCAUGCUGAUACGAAACUGUUUAUCGAACCAUUCCCUAUCGACGAUUUACUCAAGCCCUUUUUGUCAGACUACUACAUGUAUUACGGAUCAAUAGUUACGUCUGAACCUACCCCAGUUCAUUGGCUCGUAGCAAGACAAGUGAUUGCUUUAUCACCAGAACAGUUGAAAUUGUUUCAUCAACUUCGGAAACCGAAUGACGUUACAAUCUAUGAUAACGCGCGAAAAGCCAAUCCAUUUACGAAUCAAUUAAUUUACCAUGUGAAUCCAACACAUCGAUUUACCAACUCAACGUUGUCACCCAUUCCGGUAUUAUGCAAAAAACAAUUUGAAUGAAAGCUACGGACAUUGUAUAAAUAGAUGUGAUGACGGACGUUAAACAAACGAUAGGGGACCAAAAAAGCUUUAAUAAAUCAAUUUCAAUUUCUA